AGUACCAGCUGGUGCCACGGUCUCACAGUCCUCCAUACUUAUCUGUUUGUAUAAGAAAUUGGGAAAUGGACAGGAUAUUUAGACAUAAAUCCACAACUACCAUCCUUGGCUGCUUGCUCGCAUUAUUUCUUCACAAAAUCUGCUUUGCUGAGAAAAUUUGCACUGUCCCCUCAGAGCCUGUGACAAUAAAAGAGAACAACACCGCUGACACAGUUGUUGUCCAUAUUAACACAACAACAAAAGAUGUAACGCUGAAUCUCACAGGGAAUCCUGGGAAUGCCUUUGAUUUGAGAGGUCCAGACCUGAUAGCAAAGAAAGGCUUGGAUUUUGAAACCCUUUCAGGCCCUGAAGAACUAACAGUCCAGGUCCGGUGUAAUAAAACUGGCUUCAGAAGUAUCACUCUGACUGUGCUUGUUCGUGUUGAGAAUAUCAAUGACAACCCUCCAUCAUUUUCUCAGAGCGAGUAUACAAUUGACAUAAAUGAGCUCAUACCAGUUAAUACCAGCAUUGCCCUGAUUGAAGCAAUAGAUGAUGAUUCAGAAGUUCUAUAUUAUUCUAUGGAACCAACUGUGAACAGGUACUUCAGACUUGAGACCAUGUAUAUACCAAGCAUCCUCGUGAACAAAGUUUUGGAUUAUGAUGUUGUCCAACAGGUGAAACUGACCUUGAAUGUUCAGGAUACUCAACCUGCAUCACAGUUGGGUGAACUAUCCUUCACAGCUUCAACAACCAUCACUGUCAAUAUAAAAGACAUUGAUAAUCGUCCUCCCUGGUUCCAACCAUGUACAAGAGUAACCAUUGGCAAUGCCAAAAUCUGUCUAAGCUUGGGCUACAGAGGCAGGGUCAACUUAACAGAGAAACAGGAUGGAACAUUGCAAUUGCAGCCAGGUCCAGUGUAUGCCAGAGAUGGGGAUAAAAGCAGAAAUGAAGAGAUAAGCUAUAAAAUUGUUCGAGGAAAUGAAGACAAUAUAUUUCAGAUUGAUGAGAACUCUGGCAACAUAACCAUGCUGAAACCAGCAGAUAUAGCAGGCCCAAUAUCACUCUUAGUUUUGGCUUCCCAGGUAACAAACAGAGAUCAGUUUGCCACCACUUCAGUCACCAUAGAUGUCAUGAAAAAGAGCAGAAAUCCUCCAAGGUUUGAGAAGGAACGGUAUGAAGGGUAUGUUUACAGUAAUUCAGGCCCGGAAAACAUGGUCCUAAGGGACAGGAUGUCAAACAGACCCUUUAGAGUGAGAGCAAGGGACGAAGAUUUCGCAAAUGGAAUCAAUCCUGACAUUCGAUACGAAGUGCAAUAUAGCAGUUAUGUUAAUAUCACAACAGAUGGAUUUAUACUUUUGAAGAAAGCCGUUCGGACAGAUUCCUUUGCUUUACAGCUUCGGGCAGUGGAUGUAUCCACUGGUGAGUCGGGAACAGCUGCACUCUCUGUAGUUGUAUUACCAUCACAGGGUGUCCAGUCACCCGACGAGGGCUACCGUGCAGGAGACAUGGCCUUGCUGGGCUUCGUAAUGGCUGCUAUGCUGGUGCUCUGUCUCAUUGUGAUUGGCUAUCUCAUAUCCCGUGUAAAGAAGGGGAAUCCUGACGGGCUCAAGUUGUCUGAGUGUUUAGGGCCAUGCUUGAAGUUUACUCAGCCCCCUAACAGGCCAAAUCCGAGAGAUAGCAUGCAGUUCACCAAUGAUGGUUUCUUGAAUGAAGGGGACACGGGGAGAUCCAGAUCCAGGCGUGCCAAACUGAGAGACAGGAGACUGGAAGCAGUUCAAGUAGCAAGGGUGCGAGUGACACCUCGUGAGAGACAGAGGCACUGCAGCUCCUGUGGUCUCCAGGUACACGGUAACCACGCACACCACAGCAGUCCUGACAUCCAAACCAAAGGAAGGGCAAGUAAGGAAAGGGUUAAAUCCAUUCUGGCUAAAGAUAGGAAGAGAGAAGAUCGACAGAAGACCGUAUGGUUCAAGGAAAGCGAGGAUUCAUCAGAUAUUGAGGUGGAGAUCAUUCCUGAUAAUAUCGGGCUUAAGCCUGAAGAGGACAUGGAGAAAGUGGCAGGGGAUCUUGCGUCCCCUUCACCGGAAGGCAGUGAAAUGGAAUUGGGGGACUUGACUAUGUUAAAAAUACAGGACAUGAGUAGCAGCAGGGAAACAGCUAUUUCUGAUAGCAGAGACGAACUUAACACAGAUAAAAGGAACCAGUGAGGACCAGAGAGCGUGCAACUCAAGGAAAGCAAUGAACUAGAGCUCUUUGCUCUUCAGAGACUGAAUGUAAUUUUGGCUGAACUAAUACCGUAUAUUGUUGUAAAAAUAAAACACAGUUAUGCCCCUAUUUGGUGCUUUUUUAAAUAUAAUUUGUGGCAAAAAAAAAAAAAAAGACAAUUGUGGUGACCAAUUGUGUGUGAACCCAGCUUUCGUGAACUAUGAGCUCCUUCUAAAAAUGUGUUUUUCCAUUGUUUUAUACUGUAUGUGUGCUAACCUAACAAGCAAACAUGUUUUGUGUUAAUAUAUCUUAAUUUAAUAUAACAUUCAAAAUGAUUAAAGAAAACAGUACUUAGUAUUUAAUGUUGGCUUACUGCUCUUAUUUUAUGUCAGUUGUGUUUGUGAAUAAAAAAUUUUGCAAUACAAUAUUUUAUAUGAAUAUGUAAAUUAUUUUAUAUAUAUAUAUAUAUAUAUAUAUAUAUAUAAAAUCCAGAAUAAAGCAAAUUUGAACAAGUCAAGAAAGUAUAAAAUGCUAUGUGUUUAUAUGUCUAGCUCAUAUCUGUGCGUAAGAGGGGGAGAAAAUGACAAAAUGUAAUAGCACAAAAUGCUAUUUGAUUGUGGAAAAUAUGAUUUCUGCUUUGUUACACCAAGGGUAAACUAUAUAAAUCUAAUUGUUGAUAAUUCAACCAACAUAUUGGUGUUAGAUGUGAGUAUCAUGGUGGCCUCUGUUAGACAUGAAAUGUACAGGAUAUUAAAACUCAGUGGUCUCAGACAACCUUUAAAGUCAAGUCAACUCACUUGGCGGCCAUUUAUUCGUAAAUAAAUGGCUUUCACAUUGGCCUUACACAUUCUCUUCUGCGACACGCAGCUGCGGCUCUGCGCAGAAAAUAAAGUUAUUUCUGGGUUCCUACACCAAACAUUUUCUUUAAUAAAGCCAUAACGUAAUUUUUUGAGAGGGAUAGUUGAUUACUAUAACAAAUUUGGUCUUUAUUAAAUUGUUUGUACAUGAGCAGGAGGGCAACAUUUACACCACAAUGAUACAAAAUUUACAGAUAGACCCCAGCCCACACAGUAUUGUAUGGAGAUAGAAUUGUUGCAUAUUAACAAACAAAUGGAAAGAGGUUCACAAAUAGAAAUUUGGUUCACAAAUAAAUUGAAUGAGAUUGACAAAUAAAUGUAAGGAGCUUCACAAAAAUGAAAUUAAUUCACAAAUAAAUAAAAUGAGAUUUGCAAAUAAAAAAAUUAUUUACUAAUAUAUUUUGAACUCACAAACACAACUCUGUCCAGCAUUCAUUUGUGGAUUGCUUCCUGUGCAUUUGCAGAUCGCUACAUGCAGUUGUCGAUUUUGAAACAAAUCUAGCAUCAAGACAUGCACACAAAUCUACAAAUAGAUGGACUCCACCCAUCGUCUACUCAAGCCAAUCAGAUAAUGGCCACAUUACUCAGACCAAUCUUAGCAUGUUCUAUCUUCAACAAAUCACGUUUCGUUUUACCAUCAGGGCGAGACCAGAGUCACAGUGCUCUCAUGAGCAUGGAAUCAAGCACUUACUGAUUAGCUCCAAGGCCGCAAACUAUUAAAGAAACAGAUGCCAUCAGAGGAAUACUGUGACUUAAGGUUCGUAUAAUUUUCUCUUGGUUAUAAACAUGUUUAGUGUCUUGUUAAAUGUCGACAGCAGAAAAUUUCCCAUUUG